GCUCCCCCAUGUGACCCCUCCCUCUCGCCCCAUGUGACCCGCCCUGAAUGCCACUGCCCUCACACCUCAUCACCACGCUCCCCUCCCCCCACUUGAUCUCUCCCUCCGUGAUCCCGACCUCCCUCACCUCCUUCCUCCCUCGCUCUCCUCCACCUUGCUCUUGCUUGCAUCCAGCCACAUUCUCCAUUCUCCCCAGAUCACAGCUCAACGCAGCCAUGAUCCGGCGCGGCAUGCCGCCGCCGCUCGCGCUCCUGCUCCUGCUCGCGCUGCUCGGCGCGUUCGCCGCGGCGCAGCAGGAGGGCAACGUGCCGGAGCAGUACGCGGCGUCGCUGGCCACCCGCUUCGACGCGCCGGCGGGCUGGCCGUUCCCGAACCCGCGCCUGCGGGCGGCCUACGCGGCGCUGCAGGCCUGGAAGCAGACGGCCAUCUUCUCCGACCCGGCCAACUUCACCGCCAACUGGCAGGGCCCCGACGUCUGCCGCUACAACGGCGUCUACUGCGCGCCCGCCCCCUCCGCCGCCUACCACGGCGCACCACUCACCGUCGCCGGGAUCGACCUCAACCACGCCGACAUCGCCGGCUACAUCCCCGCCUCCCUCCCGCUGGGGCUCCCGGACCUGGCGCUGCUGCACCUCAACUCCAACCGCUUCUGCGGCGUCGUGCCCGACACCUUCCGCCGCUUGCGCCUGCUCCACGAGCUCGACCUCAGCAACAACCGCUUCGUCGGCGCCUUCCCGGAGGUGGUGCUCGCGCUGCCGUCCCUCAGGUACCUCGACCUCCGCUUCAAUGACUUCGAGGGCUCCAUCCCGCCGGCGCUCUUCGACCGCCCGCUCGACGCCAUCUUCCUCAACUCCAACCGCCUGCGCAACCCCAUCCCCGCCAACCUCGGCAACUCGCCGGCCUCCGUCGUCGUGCUCGCGCACAAUCGGCUCGGCGGGUGCAUCCCGCCCUCCAUCGGCAGGAUGGCGGACACGCUCAACGAGAUCGUGCUCAUCGACGACAUGCUCACCGGCUGCGUCCCGCCGCAGGUGGGGCUGCUGAAGAAGGUGACGGUGUUUGAUGUCAGCGGCAACCGGCUCCAGGGGGCCCUCCCCGCGGCCGUCGGCGGGAUGGCGGCCGUCGAGGAGCUCGACGUCGCCGGGAACCUCUUCGAGGGCGCCGUGCCGGCCGCCGUCUGCGGCCUCGCCGGGCUCAAGAACUUCACCUACACCGACAACUUCAUCACCUCGCGCCCCGGCUGCGCGCAGGCCACCGCCGACGGCGCGUGGAACUGCAUCCCCGGCGCGCCCGCGCAGCGGCCGGCGGCGCAGUGCGCCGCCGCGGCCUCCCACCCGUUCGACUGCAGCAAGGCGCAAUGCCAGUUCCCGGCGUACACUCCUGCCACUCCCACCACGCCCGGUGGUGGCAAGCCUUCCAGCCCGUCCUACCCGUCGCCGCCGUCAAGCACGACCACUCCGUCGUCCCACUCGCCUCCCAAGGGCUCCGGCACGCCGGCAUACCCCUCGCCGCAUCAGGGAUCCACCACCCCGUCCUACCCGUCGCCACCGUCGAGCUCCAGCACCCCGUCAUACCACUCGCCACCCCAGGGAUCCACCACGCCAUCGCCACCAGGCUCGACCACGCCGUCGUACCCGACGCCGCCGUCCAGCUCCAGCACCCCGUCGUACCCGACGCCGCCGUCCAGCUCCAGCACCCCGUCGUACCACUCGCCGCCCCAGGGAUCCACCACGCCAUCGCCACCCGGCUCGACCACGCCGUCGUACCCGACGCCUCCGUCGAGCUCCAGCACCCCGUCGUACCACUCGCCGCCCCAGGGAUCCACCACCCCAUCACCACCGCAGGGCUCAACCACUCCAUCGUACCCGACGCCGCCGUCCAGCUCCAGCACCCCGUCAUCCCACUUGCCGCCGCAGAGCACGCCGGGGACCCCGUCGUACCCGUCUCCUUCGUCAGGCACCCCGAUGCCAGUAGGAGGCCACGCGCCGCCUCCCCCAACCUCGGCCGACAAGCCAGACGGGCGGUACGCGCCGCCUCCGGGCUCGUACGGCCCCACGACGCCCUCCGGCUCGACGCCACCAUCCUCCGGCAGCCACCAGACGCCGUCGCCGCCCACGGAGUACCCCGGCUACGCGCUGCCUCCCCACUCGCCGGGGACACCAGCCACCACCACGCCUCCAUCAGAGACGCACCCAGGCACCCCGUCCUCGCCGUCGUCGGGAGCAACAACGCCGUCCACGCCCGAGCACUGCGCGCCGCCGUCCCAGGGCGGCAGCACCGGGCACCCGACGCCGGCCGGCGCGAACCUGCCGUUCCCGCCGGUGUACGGCGUGGCAUACGGGUCGCCGCCGCCGCCAAUGAAGCCGUACAACUAAUUCCUCCCGAUCCACCGCCGGAGCCGCCGCCAACAGCCGAUCGCCGCCAGUAUAAUACCUCACCUCGCGCUCGCUCCGCCAUCACCCGUAGUAUUUUUUUCCACCUUGGAUUUCUUUUUCAUCUCUUCUUCUUCCUUCUUCUGAAUUUGUUGCGAGUAUUCGAUCCACGAUCUACAGAGAGAGAGAUUGGAUGGAGUUAAAAGAGGCCCUCCUAUGUAUUCUUUCUGCCCGGAUUUAUUAAAUUAAUUUGGAUGUGUAAUCUUCGAGCCUGCAAUAACAGAAUGAGUGGCACCUUCAUCUACUGCAGUAAAACAUCUCGAUCUGAUA